AUGCUUGUCAAGGGGGGUGAGAGGCUGGCCGGGUCACACGUGAUCAAGCCGCUGGGCGACAUGAUGGAACUCCACAGCUCGGGGUCGAUAGCAUCCAAUUCGGGCCCGGGGCCUGGGGUGCUGUGGCGGGUCUGCUGGUCCCCGGCGGCGGAGGUGUUUGUUGUCGUCGUUGUCAUCGUCGUGGACUGUGUAUUCAAGGGCGUUCCCACGCGCAGUACUGGCCUCGAUGGUUCAGUCCUUUCAUUCCGGGCCGAGCCUGUGCCGCCGUUGACUUCGAUGGUAGCGCCGUUCGGAUUGUUUUCGGCCGCAAUUUUGGACGCGUUGGACGAGGUUCGUCCUGUCCUUCUUGACGCCAUACGCAAUGCUACUUGGCCGUGCAUCUGGGCCACAGCAGACACUCGGAGGCUUAUGAGACAUGCUGCUUGCAUAAUGCGGAAUGUGUCACCAUACCCUAUGAGCAGCUGUCACAGUCUGCAAGACGGGCUUUUACAGCAGAGCCCAGCCAUGCGACUGUCGGGUCCAGACCACUAA